UCGGUUUUCCCGGCUGCUACCAUUGCUUCCACCACCGUAACCUUCCUCGACCACCACCACGACGGCCGCAGAUCCCUGUCCGAAGGCGCCGCUUAUGACUUAGCCACGCGAUUCCAGCACAUGCCGUGGCACGAGCGUGAAUUAGCCAACUCCUGUUCGCCUGUUCGCGUUCCUCCUGACAUGCCGUCCUACAUUCAGAUGGCUGUCGGGCUGAAUGUUCAUCUGUUCCUCGUCAUCCUUUCUUCGACGUCCGUCAUUUCACACUCUUACGUGCCGCAGGCCUCAGGCAGAAGAUUGUUCGGCGGAUACAGGAUAGUCCCGAAAGCGUGCCAGCCGACGAUCCCAUCGUUGGUAAAAUCGAACGAGCCGGCGAUAUGCAUGUUCAAUUACGAGUGCUCGCGCCGGAACGGGCAAGUGGUCGGCGCGUGCAUGGACGGGUUCCUGUUCGGCGCGUGCUGUCAACUGCCGUCCAAAAAUUCAGCGACCACCGUCGACAUCGAGGACGGUCCUGCGGUCACCGAUGAAAUAUUCAAUGUACACGAGAUCGAUCACGUCCCCGAUAUUCCCAUUUUGCUGAAUUCGGACGGAACGCCGCUCGGAAUGACGAUAUCACAGGACGAUCGCGAUAAGGUCGAUCAAACGAUCAACGACGAUUCCGAAUACACAAAAAUCUCGACGUACGACGCGCCGACGACUGUUGCGAAGCCGACGUCUGGAAUUUCGCAGAUCCAGGACACAGUUCAGAACGCGGAGAGACCGCAGUUACCCGCUCAGCCGGACGUAAGCCACUUGGAGGAGGAGUUCCCGGCUAUUUUGGGUCAGCAAAACGUCUUGGACGAUUUGGGCCUCCCGGGACUGUUGAGUCAUUCCGACAGUGUGCAGAGCAAUCACCCGGCGAACACUGUUGUUAAUCCGGUCACCACUUUACUGAGUCCUGAUCAGAUACUUCAGAUAGCCGAUCCGGUCGACCAACUUCCAGCCUUGUUCUCGCACGGUUUGGGCCAGAACAAUCACAGCUCGCCCGACACGAUUUUACUGAACGAGAAUGGAACCACGUUGAACGAAACGCAUAAUCCCGAUGAUUUAUUUAAACCUAGUGUCGAGUCCAUUACCGAAGAAAAAAAACCGAGCGAAGACACUACUCAACGAGCGAAGACGACUCCGAGCGAGAUUAAGAAGCCUCAAGGUUCUACUUAUCAGACCACGCAGUGGGUGAAGUUCCCGGAUCAAUCUUCAUCCGUUCACGACACGAGACUACCGGUGGUUACGCAGAUGUAUGCUAAUACACAGAGGCUGACGACGACGUCCCUACCCGAAGAGACAGCUGUUGACAAUUUCGAAAGGAUCGGUACAGUGGAAGAAAGAGUGUCGACGAAGAACAUAGAAGCCGUUGGUUCUACCAACGAAAGGACGACCACACCGAUGACUACUCUGAGUAAUACGAAAGAUGAUUUAGUGAGAGUACCGACGAUCACUUACGACACCUCACCUUCUGGCAACAAGAAACACGACACAGUGGACAAAGAGGAAUUAGCUAUCAAUCAUAUAAUCUCGAUUUUGAACGACACGAAGCCUGGUUCAGGGACCACGAUUCAGACGCCGAAUUCGUCCAUCAACAAAUGGGUCAGCAUCGACGAGACCUCGAAACCGUCUUUAACAAGAAUUUCGACGAGACCUUUCACCUCCGGGCCGACGAUCGCUCAGACCUUCCCGUAUACUUUUUACAAACCAGGACAAUCACCGAAUUAUUACAAUUACGAAACGGUUCCCACGGAGACCAGCUAUACCUCUUCAUCGACGUCGAACGCGAGACCAUCGACACAGUCUACAUAUUCUGGUAUCAGUACCUCUGAUUAUCCAGUGAAAACUACUACGAACCCACCUGCGCCAACGUUGAUAGUCCUGGGACCUCUCGGCACGGAAUACACGGAAACCACACAGAAAAUUGUCACGAAGAAGCCAGUGACCGAAACCGUCGUCACGAAUGUUUUCAAGCCUACGGUCGGAUCGGCGAGACCGAAUCCGUUCGCCACUAAGAAGCCCAGUGUAUCCACGACCAUCACUCACAACAUUAGCACAGUGAUCUCGAACGUUGCUACGAACAACGUGGUCUCUACGAGUUUCUUCAGCGUCAACGUGAAAGACGGAACCACUUCGAAACCGACUGUAAAUACUAAUUACAGUACAGAGCCCGUCGUGGCAGGGACUGAGUUCUCAGAGAAGCUGCCUACGAAGAGACCUACGAUCUGGACGACUCUUUCCGCCUGGCCCAGCAAACCCAGUUUUCAUUUGAGACCUUCUUCGGUUACUCUCUCGGACGAACCUUCGUCCGCUGUGAUCUUUAAAGAUCCUGUAACGACGACCAUGGAUUUUAAAGCGACGACCGCUUUGCCGCACUGCGAUGAGGACACGCCUGCUCCGGACGAUUUGAUCAAUUUCCCUCCUGUGCGAAAUCCGAAUCUGAACCUGUCGACGCCGAUCUCGCAACAGGAGAAACCGACCAUCAUGGGAGCAUACAAUAACAGCGGCUAUCCUGACAUAGAGAUGAUCAGCGAAAAUGAUAUUCCAACGCCUACUUUCAUCGAGGAUGACGUUCUUACGAAUAAAGUUGACACGUUCGUGAACAAAAUCGUGCAGUCGCUGCAAGGCAACUUCCAAGAUCUGAAAGAUGUGGUCUACAAUCGCGUUAACGGGUCAGCCGCGUCUUCGCCGGUUUCCGAAACGUCGAGCGCGACGAAGAGGCCGGCUACGACGACGAAGAAACCCGUGCGAAAACCAGGCUCGACGGUAAAACCGGGCUCGACGGUGAAACCGUCGUUUACCACAACGAAGAAACCAGCGACCACGAAGAGACCAGCGAAUCGACCGACGACUUCGAAACCGUCAGGCAGUCGCCCUUCGAAACCGCUGACUACUUCGAAACCGAAACCGACCACGGCGUCCAGUGCGACCACAAAGAAACCCCAAGUUACAACGAAACGCACCAAACCGACCAGAAGACCGACCACCACUCAGGCAGCGACUACCACCGAGGCAGUGGUAUUAGCCGAAGAAGAAGCGAGCACGUUGAACGCGAUCGAAACUACCACUACGAGUCAGCAAAUCACUUCUACAAGCGAUUUUCGUUCUCAGUGCGGGAAAAGACCUCUGAUGAAAUCGGGUAGAAUUGUCGGUGGUAAGGCAGCUACGUUUGGCGAAUGGCCAUGGCAGGUUUUAGUGCGUGAAGCCACUUGGUUGGGACUCUUCACGAAAAACAAAUGCGGGGGUGUCUUGAUUACAGACAAGUACGUCAUCACGGCGGCUCACUGUCAGCCAGGAUUUUUAGCGACGUUGGUAGCCGUUUUCGGUGAGUUCGACUUGUCUGGAGAAUUGGAAGCGAAACGCAGUGUGACUAGAAACGUUAGACGAGUGAUCGUCAAUAGAGGGUACAACCCCACGACGUUCGAAAGCGAUUUGGCACUUUUGGAGUUAGAAUCACCGAUACAAUUCGACGUCCACAUCGUGCCUAUCUGUAUGCCCGAAGACGGAAUUGAUUUCACUGGCAGAAUGGCCACUGUCACAGGCUGGGGACGUUUAAAAUACAAUGGAGGCGUGCCUUCUGUACUACAAGAAGUUCAAGUGCCUAUAAUAAAGAACUCUGUGUGCCAAGAAAUGUUCCAGACCGGUGGACAUUCCAAAUUAAUUCUUGACAGCUUCCUCUGUGCCGGAUACGCCAACGGACAGAAGGACUCUUGCGAGGGGGACAGUGGCGGCCCGUUGGUGAUGCAACGACCGGACGGACGAUGGUUUUUGGUAGGGACGGUAUCGCACGGUAUAACGUGCGCUGCACCGUAUCUUCCAGGCGUUUACAUGAGAACGAACUAUUUCAAACCUUGGCUGCACGGUAUCACCGGAGUCUGAGAGCUCGGGAAAUUGCGUAUUUCUUGAAUCACCGACGACUCCGUGCCACUUGUAUAAAUGUACAAAGGAAGAGUAAUUUAUUUCCUACGGAAUACGUAGAUAAGAAGACGAACGAAUACUCCAGUACGAUUUCGUAUACCAUCUCCAGCUUGAAAUUUCUUUAACUGCCAUUAUUCUUAAUAAGCAUUUGAACCUGUUAAUAAUUUAUUAUUAGACCGCGGGUUUUACACGAUUUUUAUAAGGAGAUCAAACGUGCAGGAAAUAUAAAGUAUUAUUUAUAAUGAACAGAAUUUGUAUUUAAAUCGCGUUUUGCAUAGAAAUCCGCAGUCUUCACUUCGAUUUUCACUUCUUUUUUGGUUUCAUUUAAAUUCGUGGCAAUUCUUCGAAGAUUUCUUAAAUUCGUAUACGAAUUAAAAUGCAAUAUACGCGUAGACAACAUCGAACGUGUGUUCCGUGUAUGUACAUGUACAAAUACGUGUACAGUACGUAUUUUGAUUACGAGUUGCGAGACUUAUUUAUUUCGUUGUUAGAGCUGUUAUUUAUUAAACUCAUUUUUAUACGA